AUGUUUAGCACGUGGGAUCUCGUCCGACCACGCUUCUGGUACCCCAUGUCGUCGUUGGAGCAGUCUAUGAUGGACCUCGAGCACUUGAGCGAACUCAUGAGCCGCUCAAGUUUUCCAUUUGAUCGAAGCAACGAAAUGUUGGCGGCGCCCAGCAAUCUCGAUGACGACGAAUUUUUCAAGGACUUACCCGUUUUGGGGCGUGAACAGCAACCCGCAACGCAACACCGUGAAAGUUCAGCGCAUCUGACGGAAAGUGUAUCCAAGACAAAGGAUCAAGUAUCAAAAGAUCGUGACAACGACCCGAACAAGCCAAACAAAAAGACUAGCACUGACAAGCACCAGGCCGUUGCCAUUAACGACGAUCAGUCCCGCCGUGCCUUUUCAUCAUAUACAUUUAGUAACUCAUCCAUCGUAGAUGACAAAGGCCGGCGCGUGAUGAGCACUCGACGCCGCUAUGAAGAUUCGACCGGACGUCUAAAAGCUGUACACGAGCGUCAAAUUGAGGGCAAAAAAAUGCGCUCGACGUGGAGCCGCAUGGGUCCCGAAGACGAGGGAAAACACGAGGCCACAUGCCCAGGCGGAACCCCGGACGAGUUUGAGGCAAUGUGGCAAAAGACACCGUUUGGUGAUGCUCAAAAGAAAACUAUCAAGCAGGAGCAACAGAAGCAGCUGGAACCAGAGAAGCAUAGUUUGAAACCAAAUUCGAAAGCUAAAGAGAAGGCUACGUGUAAGUUGUAA